UUUAGGCAAACACGUAUGACAAAUUUCCCGCGUGAUAGCGUGUCAAAUUGUCAGUCAACCUUCAACCAUCGUGUUGUUUGUAAAGAUAUCGCAUCGUUUUUCCCACUCGCGGAAGUAUUUAAAAAUUCAGUGUCAACGAAUUGUGAAACAUCAAGAAUAAGGGUCAGUGUCAACAGGUGUUCCGAAUAUUACCUGGUGUUCCAAGACGAAGCUUGGCGGCUUGGUGUUUUCGAAAUCAUGGAGAGCACUAUGACGGAAUUCGAGGAAAACGUGUCCUUCGACAUCGAUGACCCGGACUUUGCCCCGUCGAAUCUUCGCGCUGUUCCUAAUAGCAAUGCUUAUCGCGCUGUACAAUUCUCCGAUAUUACGUUCGGCGUCAAUAAAUUUGUGACACGUCAAAGCAGCAACAUGUCUGUAACCACGUCCGUGCAACCAGCUGCUGAGAGUCUCUCUCGUCAUGGAAGCAAUAUCUCGUUGUCCUGCCACAGUUCAUGCGGGAGCGUCGACGAUGGCCUCCAAGGAUCUCAUCCCCAGUAUCAGGACACGAUCCUUACCAUCGAGGAACUUCGUGCUCAACUGAACUCUUGCUUCACAUGCGGGGUUUCGUGGAGCGAAGAACACGUCUCUCUAGACUGCAGUGAGUGCGGUGGCUAUUCCCUUCAACGACCAUGCCCACUUUGUGACGGACGUUGCCGCGCCUCGUGGAAACGCGACCUUACCAUGUCCCACGCUAGUGGUAAAGCAAGAUGGAUCGGCGAAUGUGGAUUAAGUUGCGGCCCCUCCAUCGAUGAACCAAUGGUGCCCGCGUUGGAAAAGCUGCGGGCUACCUCGUGAACGGCGAAUACAUAGAGGGACCGUCGUCGAGUACUGUCAACCAUGCACAAGACUUAAUCCAUCACCAUCCAUAUAGCAUCACCCCACCACCAUUGUGCGAGUCAGAACCGUGUGAAUGUGGAUUUUGGAUGUAUAAAUGAUACAUUAUGUUCCUGGAGGAGCGAGAACGGAGCGGGCAACAUUGGGACGAUGGAGCCGUUCCUCUCCUGUGGCUUCCUUUUUGACAAUGCAUUACCAUGAACGGCUCGACUAGCGACGCGUCUUCUCACAGAGCUUCACCGAAGGUCGCCGUUCUCGUUGGUCAUAGUGUGAAUCAAUCGCGUCACCUGGAUUUU